UCAUUUUCUCAUCUCAUAGUCUCAUACUCAAACAACAAAAAAGAUCCAGAAAAAAUAUAUAAGUAUGGAUAUAUCAAAUUUUAGGUAUAUUUAAUCCAUUUAUGCAGAGUUUCAAUGCAACCAAUUGAAGUUCCAACAAUCCAAUUAUGAGGCAGAGGCAAAAAGGGUCGGUAUUUAAAGCGCCACAGCUUAAAAUUGAUUACCGCAAGACUUUAGCUUCAACAAACUCUGCCUGUAAAAAAGGUUAUUGUAUUGAUAAGUAUCAUGUGACCUACGCUUAGUUGACCCUCUCUUCUCUCUCUCAUGAGCCCAUAUAAAAUAUAGCCUGAUUUCCCAACCAUUCCAACCACCAGGGCCGUGAAAAAGUGUAAUCUUUUUACUGUUGGUUUUCUUGGUUUUUGUCAUUGACUGUUUUCUUGAAUAUUUGGUGUGUGUGUGUGAGUGCGCGCGGUGAUGCUACAAUGUCUUCAAGCGUUUCAAGAUUCAUCAAGUGUGUGACUGUGGGUGAUGGUGCUGUUGGCAAGACUUGUAUGCUUAUUUGCUACACCAGUAACAAAUUCCCCACUGACUAUAUACCAACAGUGUUUGAUAAUUUCAGUGCAAAUGUGGUAGUUGAAGGAACUACUGUCAACUUAGGCCUCUGGGAUACAGCAGGCCAAGAAGACUACAAUAGGUUGAGGCCUCUGAGCUACAGAGGAGGGGAUGUGUUUGUCUUGGCAUUUUCAUUGGUCAGCCGCGCUAGCUAUGAGAACAUAUUUAAAAAGUGGAUCCCAGAACUUGACCAUUUUGCUCCUGGGGUUCCAGUUGUCCUAGUUGGCACCAAACUAGAUCUUCGCGAGGAUAAGCAUUAUUUGGCUGAUCAUCCUGGAUUGGUGCCUGUUACCACUGCACAGGGAGAGGAGCUCCGAAAAAAAAUUGGCGCUGCCUACUAUAUUGAAUGCAGUUCAAAAACUCAACAGAAUGUGAAAGCAGUUUUUGAUGCUGCUAUCAGAGUAGUCAUCAAACCACCACAAAAGCAGAAGGAGAAGAAAAAGGCACGUAAAGGAUGUUUUGUGAAUAUGUGGUGUGGAAGAACAAUCUACCAGGAAUGAAGGAAAAGGUGUUGAUAGCAUUAGCAUGGUAGACUAAGACUAGUCUUUCCAGGCAAUUCUUUUAAUCUGGGCAGAACUGAAUCCGAGAUACUAAUGUUUUUUUGUUUCUGGGAGUAAUGUAAGAACCUAAUACUAGUAGUAACUACUACACUCAUUCUACAAUUUACACAAGUGCUUCAAAGUUUUAGUUGGUGAGAAA